CUGGAGUGACUUAGAGGGGCCUGGAGGAACCUGGAUAACUCGAGGAUAGGCCUGUAGGAGUUUGGAAGAGGGCUUGUGAAGAUUUUUGAAGGUUUUGAAGUGUGUAUUAUUGUCUGGAAUGAGUGAAAGGUGAUAAUGGAUCAGAGACGUGUUGACAUAUUACUGAUCAGUCAUCCAUUCAGCUGCAGACUGUCCUCACCCCCCUCCGUCCCUCCAGCCGUCCCUCUAUCCGUCCGUCUUUCCGUCUGUCCUUCCAGUCGACCGGCAGCCUCCAGACUGCUGGGUUCUGAUGAGGUUCAGGUCCUGAGAACCGUCCUGCUGUUGAUGCUGAGAUGGGCUUCACUGACCUACUGGAAGAGGUGGGCGGCUUUGGCAGGUACCAGUGGCUUCAUGUGACUCUGAUCAGUUUUCCUGGUCUGAUGAUGGCCAGCCAGAACCUGCUGAACAACUUCAUCUCAGGAAUGCCCACCCACCACUGCAGCCUGCCGACCAAUCACAGCCUGCACAACCUGUCACUGUUCUACCAGGUGGAGGAGCAGCAGCUGCUCAGGGUGUUUAUUCCUCCAGACUCUUCGGGAAGUCGUCUGGACCGCUGCAGGAGGUAUGUGGAGCCUCAGUGGCAGCUCCUGGCCGCUAACAGCUCGGCUAACAUUAGCCAGCUGCCAACCGAAGGCUGUUUGGAUGGAUGGACCUUUGACCGCUCCGAGUUUCUGUCCACGACCGUCUCCGAGUGGGGUCUCGUCUGCUCCCUCCGUCCUCUCAAACAGAUGAUUCAGACCAUCUAUAUGGGCGGAGUUUUAACAGGUGCCAUCGUCUUCGGCGGCCUAUCAGACAGGUUUGGACGUCGGUCUGUCCUGAUCUGGUCGUACCUGCUGCUGGCCGUGCUGGGCUGUAGCUCCGCCCUCUCUCCGUCUUACUCCGCCUACUGCAUCUUCAGGUUUCUGAGUGGGAUGGCGGUUUCUGGAAUUAUCCUCAACGGCGUCUCACUGAAGGUGGAAUGGAUCCCAACCAAAUCCAGGACUAUAGUGGGCACGCUCACCUCCUUCUUCUUCACCUUUGGUCAGAUGAUCCUGGCGGGGCUUGCCUAUUGGCUGAGAGAUUGGAGGAAGCUGCAGGUGGUCGUUUGCGCCCCUCAGUUCCUGUUCUUCACCUACAGCUGGUGGUACUCUGAGUCGGCUCGUUGGUUGGUUCUGAACCGUCGGUCAGAGGAGGCCUUAAAGACUCUACACCGAGUAGCUCGAAUCAAUGGAAAACCAGAAAUGGUCAACAAACUAACGCUGGAGGUGCUCCACUCUCACAUGAGUAAAGAGAUCGAGUCGAGUCAUUCGUCGUUCACAGCAUUCGACCUGUUGAAGACCAGAGGGAUGAGACGCAUCUCCAUCUGUCUGAUCGCUGUGUGGUUCUCCACUAGUUUUGCCUACUAUGGUUUGGCGAUGGACCUGCAGAAAAUUCGGGGUGAUAUUUACCUGAUGCAGAUCAUCUUUGGAGCUGUUGAUAUUCCUGCCAAAUUCUUUGCUCUGGCCACGCUCAGUUACCUGGGGAGGCGGAUCUCCCAGGCGGGCUGCCUCUUUCUGUCAGCCGCUAUCAUCUUCGCCAACAUCUUUGUCCCGUCAGACAUGCAGACCGUCAGGACGGUCCUGGCCUGCCUGGGUAAAGCCUUUACGUCGGCCUCCUUCACCACCGUCUACCUGUACACCGGAGAACUCUACCCCACCGUCAUCAGGCAGACGGGAAUGGGCUUCGUCUCCACCUUUUCGAGAGUCGGCAGCAUGGCGGCCCCCGCUGUCCUGAUCCUGGAUGAGAUACUCCCUGCUCUGCCCAGUUUGGUGUAUGGAGGUGCAGCAGUGCUCGCCGGCUGCUUCGCGUGCUUCCUGCCCGAGACUCUCAACACGCUGCCUGACACCAUCGAAGAUGUGGAGGAGAAAUGGUAAGCUAGGAGCUAGUGGUGGCUACAUUUG